UGAAAGUAGGCACAUGUGACGCAAUGGCUUCAUUUGAUGUUGAAGAUAUUUUUGAUCAGGAUAUUCCAGAUGUUGGCACAGGUUCAAAAGAAGUAGAAAAACAGAAGACAAAUCUUCAAAAGGAUGGUUUUCGAGCAGGCCUCUCUGCGGGUCAAGAGGAGGAGCUUCAGACAGGGUUUAACAAAGCCUUCUCCCUGGCUGUCACCUUACUACAGAAAGUAUCGACUGUCAGGGGACAGAUCUGUGCUUAUCUUUCUUUGAACCACAUCUACAGAGAUGACCAAAAAAAGAUAACAGAGGAUACUCAGAAAAAAUUGGAAGACCUGCUACAGGAUGUUCAGACUUUUGAGCACACCUGUUUGAGUGCAUCAGAGACGGUUCUGGAGGAUGUAAAAUUUAGGGAGCUGGAGAGAGAAGUGGAGCAGAAGGUCAAGGAGUUCGGUUCUCAACUUUGUCAAAUUACACAACAGAGAUUGUGACAGACCACCUCAACGAGCAAGAUUUCAUAAUGGGAAAUGGCCCAAGUACUGGGGAGCUGUUCGUCUCCAAUGACUCCGAUGGCGAUGCCUGGAUCCUUCUGACGCCCACCAAGGACUAUCCUCUGACAGGAUAUUUUGCAAAAGACUCUGAACUGUCCAAUUUAGUCAGAGCUGGAGUUACAGUCGAUAAAGCUGUAGACUUGUUUAAUGCCUGGACAAAGGGAAAAUGGGAAAAGAAAGAAAAAGGCAAAAUUACAGCCGCCAUUUUGGAUUUUUUCAAAAACACAGGUUUACAUUUGACUUUCGGUUUUGCACGUGAUGUUUACGAUAAAAGUCUCUGUAACCCUUUGCAUUAUUUGAGUGCUUAUGGGUGGGGGGUACUGAAUAAUUCUGAGGAAAUGUGCGUCACGGUUUUAUUGGAGACACCCAAUGGGGAAUUAAAAAUGGCACAGUUCAGAACGCUUAAAAACUGGUCCUGGGUCGUAAAUUGCAAGUGCGUGACACCUACGAAGGGGGGAACACUGUGGGAGAAGAGGAUCCCCACGGGAUACCCGUUGUUGGAUUUGGAUAUAAAGGAUGAUUAAUUUCUUUAUUAACACAUUUGCCUUAAGUAAAAUUACAAACUUGUUACAUUUAUUGAUAUAGUUUGUUAAAUUGUAUUGAUGAUUGUUAUAGAUUUCUAUUAAUAAAUAUAUAGUCAUUUAAAGGUACAUUUAUUUAAAAUCAGAUGAACUAUAUGUUAAAUAAAAAUUGCUGAUUUGUCAAACGGUUAGAAGUAUUCAUUUUUUACUAAGUUUUAAGAUAUUGUUUUCACACUCAUGCGCAUCAAUUCUGACAGAAAGGAUACAAUUCCAUGUAAAGCUGUUGGUCAUUUGGA